GGGCACAUCUGCUCCUCGUUUCCCACAUGCUUCCCUCCAGCCAAGCCUUCCCUUAUCCUAACCCCUUUGGAUUACUCUGUAAACCCAGUAAGACUGCGCUGUGCUCCCCUUCCAGGCGUGCUGCCCUCCAAAGCCAGCUUCUCCCUGCACAGCAUCCUGGUGCAUCACUACCUAUGGGGCGCAUGGUACCCCAAGGGCGGUUCAGGGGAGAUUGUCUUCCGCACCAUCCCCAUCAUCCAGAAGGCUGGUGGCAACGUGCUGGGCCGGGCACCGGUGCAGAGCAUCCUGCUGGACUCCCAGGGCAAAGCUUGCGGUGUGAGCGUCAAGAAGGGCCAGGACGUGGUGAACAUCUUUGCUCCCAUCAUCAUCUCGGAUGCGGGGAUAUUCAACACCUAUGAGCGGCUGCUGCCGCCUGAGGCGCGCGCUUUGCCUGAGAUUCAGUCCCGGCUGCGCAUGGCGACUCACGGCGAAGGCGGCUUCUCCGUAUUCGUGGGGCUCAGAGGCUCGAGCCAGGAGCUGGGGCUGGAAGCCACCAACUACUACAUCUACUCAGAUAACGAUCUGGACCAAAUAAUGCGGCGCUACUACAGCAGCUCCCGUGACGAGGCGGCCGCCAACAUCCCCCUGCUGUUUGUCACCAGCCCGUCUGCCAAAGACCCCACGUGGGAGAUGCGGUACCCAGGUAAAAGCACAUUGUCCAUCAUCACCAUGGCCAAGUAUGAGUGGUUUGAGGAGUGGAAGGACAAGCCGGUCCAUAAGCGGGGAGAUGCUUAUGAGGAUGUGAAGAAGACCUUUGUGGACGCCAUCAUGCAGACCAUCUUCAAACUGUACCCCCACAUCGAGGACAAGGUCGAGUACGUCUCGGGGGGGACACCGCUGACCAACCAGCACUACAUCGCCAGCCCCCGCGGGGAGUUCUACGGCAUGGACCACGACAUGGCGCGCACGCAGAUCGAAGCCAUCGCCACCGCGCGGCCGCAGACUGCUGUCCCCAACCUCUACCUGACAGGGCAGGACGUGGCUUUGUGUGGCUUCGCCGGAGCGCUGCAGGGAGCCUUCCUCUGCACCAGUGCCAUCCUCAAGCGCAACAUCUACCUGGACGCCAUGCAGCUGUGGAAUCGCGUGCAGGGCUCCAAUGGCAAGAAGAAGAUCUGAGGCCGGGUCCCAGCGCCAGGACCCCCCCCCCCCAACUGGCUUGCUUGCAUAGCUAGCUCUGCUCUUCCCUAAUGGCUCUGCGGAAUCAACGCCAGUCAUGAAGCUGCUUCCGCUCCCAGCUGGGUCUCAUCCCACUGCAGCUCAUCUCACCGCGCCACCACGCACACUGCUGCCUGUUUGAAGGGAAAGCCCUUUUCCCAGCACAAGGAAGAGAAGAUCCUGAUCCUAUACAAUCACAGCACCACCCAGCACCGCUGGAUGCUCUCUACUGUCAGAGCCACUGGGGCCACUGGAGGAGCAUCCAGCUCCAUGGGCACUUGCCUGGCUGAGGGCAGCGAGCCCCACAUCGCUGCUUUUCCCCUUGCAGGCAGCAGCUUUGGACUGAAUGAGGCUGGGAAAGCUUCUCAUGGUGCCUGUGUCCCCAGGGUGGUGGAGGCUGAGGAAUGAACCCCUCCCUCCCCACACAGAGCCGCCCGGGCGGCGUUGGACCGGUUUUCCAUCAGACCCAUUUACCGUCAGCCCUGCACAAUGCUGGAUGCACAUCUGCUCCCACGCUCUGCACCCAGUGCUGUGUGAGGAAGGAGAGACUGCAAGCUGCGUGCCUGUGCCAAGGAGCCCUGCUCCAGGCUGAGCUCAGGCAGUGGAGGAAGCGCUGUUGUGUGCCUGGAUGGAUUGCACUCAGGGUGGAUUGACUUAAGGUGAUGUAAAGCUGCUCAGGAGCAACAGCAGUGCUUCCAGAUGCGAUCUCACCAUGAAUGUGGCCCUGCCAUGCUGUGAAGCUGUCGGUUCUGCCCUGAGCAGAUGUCAUGUCUGUCUGUCCGCCUGCUGGGAAACAUUUGGGAGCACAACCAAAGCCUUCACCGCUGCCCUGGUGCUGGGAAGGGCGAGAAGGCAAAAAUAAAACAGCCUUGUGAUGGGAA